UAAAUAAAUAAGCUGCAUAACAAAAAACCGCAAUAAGCUCUAGCUACUAAUUUGUAUCGCAAUUACUGCUUUCUGAAAAAAAAAUAUUAGUUUCCAACCAGACCUGGAGGAUUAAAGACGAGAUCAUGGAGGCAUCAAGUAUUGUAGUCUUCAUUUUGGUCAUUCUUCAUUCGAAAGACGGAUCAACGAGCGUUCCAAAUUAUUUACUUCAGAAGCUGGAUUCGUCCCUCACAACCUUGGAGGUCAAGACCAACGAAAUAAAGGGUAUUUUGGAGCAACAAGACCGAAAGAACACAGCACACUUUUCAGAACUAAAACAGUUACUAAACCUUCUUACUGGCAAAAUUGGGGUGGUCACUGAAAAUGCGACGUCAACCAAACUCUCGGAAUCCUUUGUUGGCCAGCAGUCGUCUGAUCGCUUUUGGAAUACCGUUAUUCAAUUUUGCAAUCAGUCGAAGCAUGAUAUCUUGCAGCAAGUCUCCACCCGAAAUAUAAAACAUUUUCAAUAUGCCAGCAUUAACGAGGACCUCAACCAGUGCGUUUAUAUGGAUGGUUUGUGUGGUGGGGUACUCGUGGGGAAGAAAGGGAUAAUUUCCUACAAGGGAGAAACCACAGGAUUUCAAGAAGCUCCACACCGCUCAAGUAAUAAUCGAACUCGAUGCAUUUGGACAGUUCGCACGAAUGACCACAAAACUCGAUUUCGUCUAUUCUUGAGAGACGGAAAUGCCAAUGAUUUCAAAUUCUCAGUGACAUCAAUGCAAAGCUUGCUGGCUGCCGGAGAUAAUCAUUUUGCUGCGAAUAAUGCAUCGCUCGUCCAAUUUGAGGAACAAUUUACUAGCUCGUUGCCAUUGUGGUCGAGCAACAGGAAUUCGUCAUCCAUUGAGUUUCAUGCACACUCAAAACAUGCAAAUGACGUGUUCUUCAUAACCUUGGCUUACAACCGCACAAGUUCUAUGCCAAAUUUUUUCCUUCAAUUUGAAGGAAAUGGAAUUCGGAAACCAAAUAUCAAAUACUUCCAUUAUCACAAAACAGGAGAGCCAGGGCAAUUUUCAUCAAAGAUUGACUUUCUUCGAGACGUUCAACGAGCUCAUCACGAAUUUGCAACUUUUAUCAUCAAUCCACAUGAUGAAAAGAAAAAGUUGUCAAGUUUCCAAUUGAAUUUAACUCGAGUGCACACUCAGAAUUCGCCAGCUCACGAGUUCUUUACGUUUUAUGAAAGCAGUGAAAGUGGUUCGGCCUAUAAUGUUGCUGGUGGAAAUAGGGCUAUAAACAACAGAUACUACGGAUCUAACCGGACAUUCUCCUCUGAAUUCGUUGGAGAUGACGAUUACUCGGAGGCGUUUAUUGGACUCUAUAAAUUUUUCAAUCCCAAUGAGUAUACCGAAAAACAAGAAAGUGCAAUUCAGUUUUCCUGGUAGUUAUCAAUAAUCCACCAUUCUGUCGUAUGGUACAUAUUUUAUAUUAAUUAAAAUUACCUAUUUACUAUUGAUUUAAAAUUCUGGCGAUUAGUAUAACAUCAAUAAAUGCUAAUUAGAUAUAUCCGUAAAUUUCCUUGA